UCCUUUUGAAAACGGUUGCUGUCCAUGUACAAGUGGUCACUGCUUAGACAGCGCCGCCUGUAACAGUCACUCUGCGGCUUGUUCCUCUGGAUGUCAACGCGGCUACUAUGGUAUAAUGUGCACAAACAAGUGUAGUCCAUUUUGUACAGGUGGCAACACUUCCUGUCACGGCAAUUUAGGUCACUGUGCCAACGGCUGUAGUGCUGACUGGUUUGGGAGGAAAUGUGAUGCGUCCUUCUGUACUGAGUCGUAUCCACACUGUAUUCAGUGUGCUUAUCGCCAGAAGCCGUACUCCGUCAGUAGAAACGAUCUGGACUGUACGGAAUGUGAACCGGGCUACUACAUAACGAACGGACAUUGUGAAGAAUGUCUUCAUUGCAAGGACAACAAGUGUCGGAGUCACGACGGAAUCUGUCUGGAAGGGUGCGCGAGAGGAUGGUUUCUAGACACUUUCCGGGAAUACUGCACCAAUGAAUGUGGUCGAUGUGUAAACCAUAUAUGUCACGCAUUUAAUGGCACAUGCGUGAACGGAUGUCAGCCAGGGUAUUAUGACCAUACGUGUACCGUGCACUGUCCAAGGAAUUGCCAGUACGCUACGUGCAAUUCCUCGGGGAUUUGUGCUGAGGGCUGUAACCAUGGUUUCUACGGACUUUACUGCUAUGAUCAGUGUGAGAGAUGUCUACAGGACGUUUGUGAUCGUGAGACAGGAGUUUGUUUAAAGUGUAAACCGCAGUGGCACGGUCCUGAGUGUAGCCAGAGCUGUGACGGUUGUGUGGAGGGCAUGUGUACGGACGGGCAGGGAUGCGCCGACGGCUGCUGGCCAGGACUGUACGGUAUAUCCUGUAAUAUGACAUGUCCGGAUAAGUCCUCGUGCUACGCAUGUGACCAAAUGUCCGGUCAGUGUAUCGUCUGUAAGGACACUCUUGGCUCUCCGGCACCACCCUCCUGCAAGGUCGUAAUGGAUGACGUCACGUGGACGGAAGCGUACCGGGAAACAUCAUGUGCACCAGGCUACUAUGGUGAAUUUUGUAAAAUGCAAUGUUCAGAAAAAUGCCUAGUGGAUUCCGAAAAACGGCAUUGUUGUGAUAGAUUUACUGGCACGUGUCUGCCGAUAGCCGGAUGCUACCCUGGUAACUAUGGGCUGUACUGUGACCGGAUAUGCAUCAAUUGUCUGUAUGGCGCAUGCACAAGGGACGCCGGAAUGUGCUUACAUGGAUGUGCUACGGGUUGGAGUGGUCCCGAGUGUGUUGCCAAGAUAGAGACAGUUGAGACAGUAGACAUUUCUCUACUUUUUACUACUGUUGCCGUGCUGGGGGCUACAGGGGUGGGGCUACUGAUGGUCCUUCUCUGUUACAUCUGCUGCACAACAAGAAAAGACCCGAAAGCUGAAGUAUACAUUCCCACAGAUCCACCAGGACAUACCACUCUUUAGGAUCAACAAGAUACUACAAAGCACAUAUUCACUUCACGGCACAACGCAAGUCACUAAAACCUGUCUGUUCAUUACUAAAACACGACGUUCGGAAUUCCGAUUCAGAAUGGUGGGGAAUACAUUCGACAGAGGUGUUUCGAAUGACAAUGCAACGUCUGUAACUAAUAGAAAAGUCUAAGUGUGGCUGUCACAACAGCUCUAAAAGACGUUAACUGACGAUAAAGUGUCAAACUACAAUCUCACCAGGUAUAUAUCUACAAACAGUGGUUGUAGUACGGAAUGGACCGGGAUAUACGAAUGGUAUCGAAGCAUUUGGAGGUAUUAUUUCACAUCGAAUUCUUGCAUGUUUUUUGUCAUUUUGAAUGAAGGAAAAAAAAACAAUUUCGGGGUCAUCUGGUCAAUGCAUUGACAGGAAUGGAUUGUGCUGAUGGUUUCUACAGAGCACAUUGGACGACAGUAUUUUUUUUCAUGGAGCAAGAAUUCAGAAUCGAGUCGGACGAUAUAAUUUACUGCAAAAAAACAUUUCUGAGGGAAAACGUCUGUAGCAUCGAUCGCUCGAAGUAUUCUAUUGCAGUGUUAAUAGAAUACACUGCACGAUCGCAAACCUGUCCCCGAGGCUUAUGGCCGUCUGUUAUCAUUCAAAGUAAUUUCGUUUUCUACAGCUACAAAGCGAUAGUAUAAAAAUUCUAUGUUAUAUUCCGUUUGGUUCUGUUAUAUUCAUGUUACAAACAACAAAUUAUUCAUAAGUACACGGUGAGAGUAUGUGAUAACAGACAUUCACAAAGCUAAGGCCAAGUUAAUUACUCUUUGUGUGAUUUCGGAGUGAUUUAUUUAGUAAUACUUUAGAAAUGGAACAGAGCUGAUUCAUCGCUUCUUUAUCCAUCAAUGACAAUGACAAUUGUAUUAUUCUCAUAAACAAUACAGUGUAGAGAAUACAUAUAUACAAAUGGGUGGCAAUAAUGCAUGGUGGAACAUGAUGCAUCGUGUUAUUCCGCAACUGAAUCCGCGCUUAAUCAUACAAACGUAUGUCUCAUGCCCGCUUUCAUAUGUGUUCGGUGAACGCAUGAUAGAUCGAUAUUAAAUCAAUGUCUCAUACAACCUUGAUAUAUUGAACAUAAAUCUGUUUCUUUAAAUCGAGCAACUAUUGAUGUUUUCUCACCUAGAACACUUUAUGUUUCAGUGUGCCCGCGUAAUCUGUAAACCAUGUUUUGCGAAUACGGAGUUAUUUUUAGUGUGUACAUAUUGGUGUGGAAGUUUUCAUUCAUUUCUCCGUCUUACUAUGGUGACAAAAUAAAAC